AUGCCUCACGUGAUUUCCCUUCAAGUUGGCCAAUGUGGCAACCAAUUGGGCAAAGCGUUCGCCGAAGAGUUGUGUAAGCAACAUGGUAUUGGUCCGGAUGGAGCUACAGACCAAAAUGACAGCCGGUUGGAUCGAAAGGAUGUCUUCUUCUACGAAGUAAGUUGAGUUUGAUUGGUUUUUGUCGAUUUUUAGGUAUAAAAUGAUAGGUUUCUUGAUGAAAAGAGGUUCGAAUAGGCUAUAACUAUGAUUAUGGGUUAUAAAAUGGCAAGAAUUUUGUUUAAACUAUGAAAAAUAGCAAAAAAUUUCUUUGCAAAACAAAAAAUGGCAAAAACUUUGUUUACAAAACACAAAAUGGCAAAAACUUCCUUUACAAAACAAUUUUUCUUUAAAUUCAAUAAAUUUUUCAGAGCGACUCAGGAAGAUAUAUAUACCGUGGUAUCAUGGCCGACUUGGAGCCUCGAGUACUAUCCAUGGUUCAGUCGAGCGAGUACGGCCGAGUCUACAACCCAGAAAACGUCUACUCGGCCAGUGACGGUGGUGGUGCCGGAAACUCAUGGGCAGGUGGAUACACGAAAGGCUCCGAAGCAAUGGAGUCGUUAAUGGACAUCGUACAACGAGAAGCCGAAGCCUCAGACAAGCUUGAGUGCUUCAUGCUGACACACUCGGUCAGUGGAGGAACGGGCAGUGGGAUGGGCUCGCGAUUGUUGGAGUCGCUCAGGGAUGCGUAGGUUUUUUAUUAUCUAAAAUGACAUUUUUUGAUCUAAAAUGGAUUUUUUUGUCAAAAAAUGACAUUUUACACUAAAAAAGUUUGAAAAAUGGUAUUUGUUACCUAAAAAUAAAUUUUUUGUUAAAAAAUGUCAUUUAACGAAAAAAAAUGAAAAAUGGGAUUUGUUACCUAAAAAUGACGUUUUUUACUAUAAGAUGUCAAUUUGCUACAAAAAAUAAUAUUUUCAGUAGUAUAAUGUCAUUUAUACUCCUAAAAUGAGUUUUUUGUCAUAAUAUGACAUUUGUUACCUAAAAAUGACAUUUUUUGAUCUAAAAUGGUUUUUUUUGUCAAAAAAUGACAUUUUACAAUGAAAAAUUUUGAAAAGUGGGAUUUAUUACCUAAAAACGACAUGUCUGUCAUAAUAUGACAUUUGUUACCUAAAAAUGACAUUUUUUGAUUUAAAUUGACAUUUUUGGUAAACAAUGUCAUUUUUUUGUCAUAUAAAAGUGCAAAAAUGACAUUUCUAAUUUGACCUUAUUUCAGAUAUCCCAAGAAGAUGGUCCAAACCUACUCAGUUUUCCCGGUCAAAGGCGAAUCGAACGUCGUAGUCGAGCCCUACAACGCCAUCCUAACCACAGCUCGCCUCACAGAGUACGCUGAUAUGGUUACCGUAGUGGAUAACAAGGCGUUGGACAAAAUGGGCGUAGGAGUGGGCAAAAUGGAUGCCACCUUCGAGAACAUGAACACUAUGGUGGCCCAGAUGAUGAGUAUGGCGACGGCUCCGUUGAGAUACAGUGCUACAUCGUGUGCUACAUUCAUGGAACAAAUCGUGGACUUGUGCCCAUUUCAGCCUAUGCACUUUAUUGGGACGGGUAGGUGUUUGUGUUUUUUACAUGGGGGGGGGGGUAAUGUAGGGUUGGGUAUUGUGGGAUUGGGCAAGGUAAAGCAAGAAAUGGGAUAUUAUAGGGUAGGAUAGGUUAGGGUAAAGUCUAAGGCAUGGUAAUGGCUAGAGCAUGGGAAUGGUUAGGGCAUGGUAAGGCCUAGGGCAUGGUAAGGCCUAGGGCAUGGUAAAGCCUAGGGCAUGGUAAAGCAUAGGGCAUGGUAAAGCCUAGGGCAUGGUAAGGCUUAGAGCAUGGUAAAGCAUAGGGAAUGGUAAGAAAUAGGGCAUGGCAAUAGCUAGGGCAUGGUAAGGCAUAGGGCAUGGCAAUAGCUAGGGCAUGAUGAGGCCUAGGGCUUAGACAAACUUUAAAAUGUUAUAUUUUAAAUUUUUAGCUCAUUUCCCUUUCAACAUACCCGGUAGGCCUAUAAUAGCUCCAAAGACAACUGCCACCGAUACAUUGCGACGCCUUCUACAACCAAAGUCGCUAAUGAUUUCGGCUACGAACUCGACCAGAGACCCAAGGUACAUCAUUGCUGGAGUCGUUGUAUUCGAAGGACAAAAAGAGGAUAUUGAUGUGAUCCGGAUUGGCAAGGACGCGCGGGAAAAGUACAGGGAUCUGUGAGUUUUUUCAAAUUUUUAGAAAAUUUUUUGGGAAAAGGUUUAUUUGGGGGUUGGAAAGAAAGUUGUGUCACGAUUUUUAAGAAAAAUGAUUUUUAUGAAGCUUGUAAAGAAAGUUUUUGCAUUAUAUGAUUUGUAAAGAAAGUUCUUGCCGUUUUCGGUUUUGUAAAUAAAGUUCUUGUCAUUUUAUAUUUUGUAAAGAAAGUUCUUGCCAUUUUUUGUGUUGGAAAGAAAGUUUCUGUUUUUUUUUUGUUUUGUAAAGAAAGUUUUUGCGUUUUUAUUUUACUUUUUGCUGUUUUUCAAUAAUUUUUGUGGCUUUUUGUCUAAUGUUUUAAAUUUUGUAAAAGUUUUGUGACAUUUUUUGACUAAUUUCAAAAUUUUUUAUUUUUGACAUUUUAAGCUAAUUUAAAAACAUUUUUUAGGUUCCCACCAACUCACCCCCUAGGAAUCCGAUACCUACGAGUGCCCCCUUCACCGUACACCACUCGUACUAACCGAGUAUCCGGUCUUCUGCUGGCCAACCACACAAAGUUUGUCAACAUUCUGGACGAGAUCACGAAUGGCUACGACAAGUUGUACGCCAAGAACGCGUUCAUCGGCCAAUACGAGAAGGAGUACGGCACGGACUUCAUCAACGACAUGGGCGACUCGAGGGAGAAGAUCGAGACGCUGAAGGAGCUGUACCGCGAAGUCGAGAACGACACAUUCAUGAGGUCGAGCAGCAUCAAACAAGAGUUCGCGAGCAUGGAGAACUCGGCCGAAAACCUCAAUAUGGUGUAG